AUGCCAACCUUAGAUGACAUCUUAGAGCACAUAGGGGAGUUUGACUUAUAUCAGAAAAGGGCAUUUUUUGUCCUGUGCUUGCUUUCUGCUGCCUUCACACCCAUCUAUGUAGGUAUUGUCUUCCUAGGUUUGAUACCUGAGCACCACUGCCGGAGCCCUGGAGUUGCCAAAUUAAGUAGCAGAUGUGGUUGGAGUCUUGAAGAGGAAUGGAAUUAUACACUUCCAAAAGGAGACAUCCAUGGGGACAGUUUCGUGAGGCAGUGCAAAAGGUAUGAUGUGGACUGGAACAUAACUGACCUGAACUGCACAAAUCCGCUAGAUGCAUUCACCAUUUACAAGAACAAGAGCGAUAUUCCUCUUACUACUUGCCAAGAUGGCUGGUUUUAUGACUUCUCGGGAUCAUCCAUUGUAAGCGAGUUUAAUCUGGUGUGUGAGGAUGCCUGGAAGCUGGAUCUAUUUCAAUCAUGUGUGAAUGUAGGAUUUUUCAUUGGCUCCAUAAGCAUUGGAUACCUGGCAGACAGGUUUGGCCGUAAACUGUGCCUCCUAAUUACCAUACUUGUCAAUUCUGUCUCGGGUGUUCUCAUGGCACUCGCACCUAACUACACAUGGAUGGUGAUCUUCCGGUUGGUACAAGGACUGGUCAGCAAAGGGGGCUGGUUAACAGGCUAUAUCUUGAUUACAGAAUUUGUUGGUUUGAGCUACAGAAGGACGGUAGGCAUUGUUUACCAAGUGGCCUUUACGGUUGGACUCCUUGUACUUGCUGCCAUUGCUUAUGCAGUUCCUCACUGGAGGUGGCUACAACUUGCUGUUACGCUACCAAACUUCUUCUUCUUGCUGUAUUACUGGUGUCUUCCAGAGUCCCCAAGAUGGCUGAUAGCCCAGAAGGAAAGUGACAAAGCUCUGAAGAUAAUUAGGCGUAUUGCCAAGGGAAACAAGAAAAAACUGCCUCCAUCUAUGGAGAACCUUCAGCCUGAGGAAGAAGUGGGUGAAAAAGUAGGACCUUCAUUUCUAGAUCUGGUGAGGACACCUCAGAUGAGGAAACAUACACUCAUUUUAAUGUACACUUGGUUCACAAGCUCUGUACUGUAUCAGGGCCUCAUCAUGCACAUGGGAAUUGCUGGUGGAAACAUUUAUUUGGACUUUUUCUACUCUGCUCUUGUUGAAUUUCCAGCUGCCCUCAUACUCAUACUCACAAUUGAGCGCAUAGGUCGUCGCUAUCCCUGGGCUGUAGCAAAUCUGACAGCAGGAACUGCUUGCCUUGUUACAGCUCUGGUCCCUCAGGAUCUCUAUUGGCUUAAAAUCACUGCCGCUUGCUUAGGCAGGAUGGGCAUUACGAUGUGCUAUGAAAUGGUUUGCUUAGUCAAUGCAGAACUGUACCCAACGUUUCUCAGAAAUCUGGGAGUUCUCGUCUGCUCCUCCAUGUGUGAUAUUGGUGGAAUCAUAACCCCAUUCCUUGUCUAUCGACUGGCAGAUAUCUGGCAUGAGUUGCCACUUGUUGUCUUUGCUGUGGUUGGCCUUAUUGAUGGUGGAUUGGUGCUACUCUUACCUGAAACAAAAGGAAAAACUCUACCAGAAACUAUUGAAGAAGCUGAAAAUAUGCACAGGCAAGGAAAGCACAAAGAAAAAAUGAUUUAUCUCCAUGUUCAAAGCUCAGAUAUGAAGAACUAA